AUGCCUGCAUCACUUCCACAACCCCUUCCAACCAAGUCCCUUGGGAAAAAUGGACCAGUGGUGCCAGCCAUGGCUGUUGGACUGAUGUCCCUGGGCGGUGCCUAUGGCCCUGGAGGCGACGAUGAAUCUCGCUUGGCUUUUCUUGACUCCAUGCACGCCAUUGGCGCCACGCACUGGGAUGACGCCGAUGCCUAUGGCGACACCGAGGACUUAGUCGGCAGAUGGUUCACAGUUAAUCCGGAAAAGCGUGAGGAUAUCUUCAUCACCACGAAAUUUGGGUUCACCGGCCCUAUAACUGAGCUGAAGCUCAGAAGUGAUCCGGAAUAUGUCAAAGCUGCCUGCGCACGAAGCCUUGAACGGAUGAAGAUUGAUUGCAUUGACCUCUACUACUGCCAUCGUGUGGACGGAAAGACUCCUAUCGAGCUGACUAUUAAGGCUAUGGUGGAGUUGAAGAACGAGGGCAAGAUCAAGUAUAUUGGUCUCUCCGAGGUUUCGGCACCGACACUCCGUCGAGCUCAUGCCGUCCACCCCAUCACAGCCCUCCAGAUUGAAUACUCUCCAUGGGCCCUGGAAAUUGAGUCUGGUGACCCUUCUGUUCUUGACACCUGCAAGGAGCUCGGCAUUGCACUGGUGGCAUACUCACCACUAGGCCGCGGCUUCUUGACGGGCGCCAUCAAAUCGGCAGCCGAUGUAGCCGGAGACUGGCGUGCUAUGAUUCCACGAUUCCAGCCAGAGAACUUUGACAAGAAUUUCGAGCUCGUCAAGAAAUUGGAGGAGGUUGCGGCCAAGAAAAGAAUCAAGUCCAGUCAACUCGUUUUGGCGUGGUUAAUGAAGCAGUGGGAGGGCGUGCACCCACUGUUCGGAACCAGAAACAUCGAUCGGGCUAAGGAGAACCUUGGCGCAUUAUCUGUCGAGCUGACAGACGACGAAGUCAACGCCGUCAGAAAGGCUUGUGAUGAAUGUAUCAUUACGGGAAUACGUGUUCCGGAAUCGAUGGCGACAUGGCAGCUUGGUGAGACGCCGGAGCUGAAAGCGUGA